AUGAAGCCACCUAACGGAAGAAAGAUCAUACUCAGGAUCAAUAGUAAACUACAACCAGUUGGGGAUAAAACUGGUAUACUGAGCAGCGUUCUCGGACUGCUAGGAUCUGACUACACUAAAUUUCUAAUCUGCGAGAAGGACUGGAGAAAGGUUCGCACCAAGGACAAGGUUUAUAAUGAAUGUGUAAAGGAAAUGUUCCAUUUUGAUGAAAAUAGUGGAGGAAUUACCAAGUUUAUAAUUUUAAAAAUACCAAGAAGGGCUUGGAAGGAAACGAUGGACAAGUUAUACCAUGACUGUUAUGACUCAGAACGGACUUUUGAAGAAAAUAUUAAACACCGCCCACCGGAAUCAUUGCAGACCAUUGGAGAUGGUACCUCGAUUAUCGCAAUAGUAAAGAGACAAAGGCAUGACAGGAGAAGUGAAGGAAUUGAGGCUAUUGAACAACGUGAUAAAUCCUCUAAACUGUUGUCUCAGAAUGAUUCGCUUGCUCAAGCUCUCGCAAAGGAACACUCGGGUAGAGUGCGUGGCAUGGGUUAG